AUGUCUCCCGUCGCAACCAAAGACAGCUCAAACUCCACAGAAGCAGCAGGAAAGACCGUAGUAGCUUCUAACGGAGCGAAGUCUGCUUUCCAGAGCAACGUCCUUUAUCGCGUACCGACUAAACCACCUGUAACACUCUCUGCACAUGGGAUCUACUAUGAAUGCGAAGGUGGAAGGACGUUGAUCGAUGCGAUUGGUGGUGCGGCUGUUACAUGUAUUGGGAAUGGGCAUCCGAAAGUUGUGAAGGCGAUUCAGGAGCAGGCUGUCAAGCUUUCGUAUAUGUAUCAGGUACUGUUGACGAAUGAACCUGCUGAAGGACUUGCGGAGAUUCUUAUCAACUCGGGGAAGGGUGCAUUUUCGCAAUGUGGGUUUGUAUCUGGAGGAUCCGAAGCGAUGGAAGCGGCUUUGAAGCUCUCUCGACAGUACUUCUACGAAACUGGACAAAAACAACGAGUGAACUUCAUCGCUCGUCAACUUUCGUAUCACGGAAAUACACUAGGGACUCUGAGCCUAGCAUACCAUCCAGCACGACGAGCACCGUAUGAAGCGAACUUGACUCAUCACUGUUUUCAUCACGUUUCUCCUGCUUAUGCGAAGCGUUUCCAAAAGCCUGACGAAACCGAGGAACAAUAUGUUGAGAGACUGAGGCAGGAACUGGAUGAUAAGUUCCAGGAACUUGGGCCGGAAACUGUCAUUGCUUUCGUUGCUGAGACCGUCGUCGGUGCUACAACUGGAGUGGUAGAGCCACCCAAGGGAUAUAUCAAGGCCAUGAGAUCCGUAUGCGACAAGUACGGUGCAUUGUUUAUCCUUGAUGAAGUCAUGAGUGGCAUGGGACGUAUGGGAACUCUUCAUGCAUGGGAGAAGUACGGUGAUGGUGCUACUCCAGACAUCCAGGCUGUUGCUAAGGGCCUUGGAGGAGGGUAUGCCUCAAUCGGCGCUGUUCUGAUGUCAGAACGCGUGUCAGUGGGGAUUCGAGAUAACUCUGGAUUCUGGAAUCAUGGACACACGUACCAAGCACAUCCGAUUCAAUGCGCAGCGGCGCUUGCCGUGCAAAAGGUCCUUAUUGAAGAAGACCUCAUCACAAGUGCACGCGUCCAAGGGGGAAAAUUCGGUGAACGUCUGCGCGAGGCAAUGUAUGCACCGAACUUUGCUGCGAAGCCAUUUGUCUUUGACGUGCGCGGUGCGGGAUGUUUCUGGGCGGUAGAAUUCGACUUUGAUGGAAGCGAUGCGCAGGCGGUGUUUGACUUCAAGGGCAAACGCUUUGCCUCACUCAUUCAGGCGCAAUGCAUGAAGAACGACCUUGUUAUCCUUGCUUUCAGCGGCGGUGCGAACCUUGAGGGCAACAAAGGCGACCACACUAUGUUUGCCCCUCCGUACAACAUCAAAGACGAGGAGAUUGAGAAGAUUGUGGAGUUGUUCACGAAGAGCGUGGAGGAGGUACUUGCUGCCAGCCUGCGAUGA